AUGGAUCCCCUGGCCCAGCAACAGGAGCAGCCUGCUCAAGACGACAUUGAGCUCAACGCCCUCGGCAAAUUCACCGCCCAAUUCCUUCAGUAUGGAGCCAACGCCUCCAACAACCUUUCAAACACUUUCAACAACAUGACGAUGCAGUCCUGGAUCCGCCUUGUCGUCAUUGUCGGCGGCUACAUGCUCCUCCGCCCCUACAUGAUGAAGUUUGUCACCAAGGGCGCCGUCAAGAAGAUGGAGGAGGAGGACGAGAGGGAACAGCGCAAGGCUCAGAUCUCGCCCAAUGAGCUGCGGGGCCUGGUUGAGGAGGAACCUGAGAUUGACGAGGAGGGCGAUGGCACGGGUGCCGACUGGGGUCAGAAGGCCAGGGUGAGGCAGAGGACCAUGCUCAAGAACCUGCUUGAGGCCGAGGAGCAACGGAGACUUGAGGAGGAGGAGGACAAGGACAUUGCAGACCUUCUUGAGGACUAG